AAUCUCGUCGUGGUUCAACGAUCCGCACGAUACAGAGUUGGCCGAUCUCUGUCCUUUCCUCGAGGACUUGGGCACUGCAUCGGGCGACAUGAGGGGCAUUCUCAACACCAUCAUAUAGCUACCGUCCAUAGACGCCAUCUUUUGCGCUGGUUCCUAAACCCAAUGUCGUCCGUUAUCGUGGUACCACUAGUUCAGGCCGCAUAUGGCCGAUUCGUCAAGGUGCCGUCGGUCGAUCGAUGCGAUACACCACUCCCGUUCGGUAGGCUUGCUCUGCUGCUCCAUCUGACGACCGAGCGUUCCUCGUCUCCUCUUCUUCUCCGCGGACUCGGUGACCUCACGCAGCUGACACCGUCCCCCGAUACCCUGCAUGCAUGCAUUCUACAAACACUCUUACAGUGCCCCUUACAUUCGCUUGAAAUACCACAAUCCUUUGGAAACCUACGUCGUAAUCAUUUAUAUGCGUUAUACCCUGUGCUCGUCGGCCCCUCAUGCAGUAUUGCUGUCGCGUCCCCUGUUGCUCAUGUGCUCAUCCAUACUAUACAUGACAUCUGUCCUGCGUGCCCACAGCUCAGCGUGUGCCUCAUUAUGUCAUGCUUUCCGGGCGUGUGAUUACACGGUCAGUCUCCGUUCUGGCGGCUCUGGCUGGACAUUGCCCAGAUAUAGCUGCCCACCCGGUCGGCUCCUGUGAAUAUCUGAGCGCAGCAAGUUACGGUAUCCCCGUGGCGAAGUUGAAUGUGCCACAGGACCACUCCAAUUGCACAUUGACCCUUGGAACAAUCAGCAUUAUGGGAGUUGUCGGUAUAUUUACCCAUUCUGUCAACGUCAGCGGCGCAGCCUCGCCCACUC